GUUGGUAACAAACUCCAAACAUCGACAAAAAACAACUCACAGUGCAGUCAUGAGUUCGCCUUUAUCGAUGUUAAAGAAAACUAGACGCGCUCCACUCCAAUGUGAAAGUGAAAAUACCAGACGGGGACAAAAUCAAAGGCCUUUCAGGGAGCCUGUAUCACCAGGUAAUCCAAGUCUUGCUGUGGCCAGUCCCAUUCAACCCAGUGAUGUUGACACAACCAGUUCAAAAACACAAAUCAAAGGUGCUUCCUCAAGCGAUGGUAUGCUGAUGUCUGCCAUGAUGCAGCGAAUUACCUGGCUGGAGAGGAAGGUUAGAAGCCAGAAAGAAGAGAUGGUGCAAAAGGAACACACAAUUUCAUUGUUGAAGGAGCAACUGAAGGCUCACGAAAAGUCAGAAAGUGGCGAUGUUGAAAGCUGCUGCAGCCUUAAGAAAAAGUCCCAACAGCUGCAGCACCAAGUGGAUGAAAUGGUGAGCUUCCUCAAUGACUAUGGUUUGAUUUGGGUGGGGGACAAGAAGCAAGGUGAUGCAGCAGCGCAAACAAGCUCACUUACAGGGGACUCAGGGGCCAGGAAUUUCCACUUGGAUUUUGACCUGGUGCUAAAGAGGAUCAAAGAGCUGAAUAUCCUGGCAGGAGAGGGUGAAUCAUUCAUACAAUCCACACGCAGGGGGGCACAAUUGGCUCGGAAAGAUCCUGUGCAACUGAGGCUCUACAAAAAUGGCAUUGUAAUGUUUGAAGGACCUUUCCGCUCCUACCAGGAGGACAGCACCCAGCAAUGCAUGCAGGAUUUGAUGGAGGGAUAUUUUCCAUCUGAGCUUCAAAGCAGAUAUCCAGAUGGUGUGCCUUUUGAGGUCCAUGACAGACGAGACGAGGAGUUUGUCCCCAGACGCCCAUGGAAGACAUUUCCUGGUAAAGGACAGACUGUAUGCGAGACAAAAGAGGCGUCGUCUCGAGGUAUGAAGGCAUUAAGCACAAACCAGUUCCUGAAAAGGCUGCCCACAUUUGUGGUAAAGGCAGGUCGAGUGAUUGACGUCAGGGACUCGGUGUGCAGAAUCUUACAAGGUUCAUCUAACAUCUGCAACAGCAACUCAGUGAUCCUCGUGGACACACCAGCAGUGCAAGCAAACAAGGACAGGCUGAAGACACCCACCUCUGACAGACCUUCUUCUGGCCAUAAAAUCAUCACGCUCAAGGUGAAGUCAGAAGAUGGCAAUUGCACGUACCUCCUAAAAAUGGGCCUUAACGAGACUGUGGGUCACCUACGGCAACACCUGGACUCACAGAGGGGUCAUGACCUGGCUGGCUAUGACAUCAUCAGCGCGUACCCUCAGCUUCACUACGAUGACGAUUGCCAAACACUUAGGUCUUGUGGGCUCACAACUAAUGUCACUCUUCUUCUGCGAGGAAGGAAAAGGGCAAUUGAUAGAUAAUUGCCUUAUCUAAUGAUUAAUAAGUGUGUUUGGGAGCCACAAUAUAUUUGUGUUUGUCAAUGAAAUAAAAAGACAGCCAUUCAGGUAUGGUUAAAGUAAAAGACA